AUGGGAAAGUAUACAUCUCUGAAGGUUGUUUCAACGGCUGCUAAGAAGGCAGGCGGAUCAAAAUCUAAGUCGGGUUCUACCUCCAAAAAGAGCGGAAAGAAACAAUUGGAAAAUGCAUCCUCUGUUGAUUUACGUCAACCUAAAGACAGAGAUCCCAAGAUCUCCAACGAUUCCGGAACCCAAGAAGUGAUUGACACAUUGCGCCCACUGAUUGACUUUGGGCUCUCCACUCAAGAUUUAGUCGCUAUCGGCUAUGACAAGAACUCUACUCAGAUAGAGUUUGGCAAUCACGUUUUUACAAAAUGGAUCGACGACCACAAUGCCCGCUGGUCUCAAGCCCUUCCCAGGUUCGAUAGCCCUUUCCAGGACUUCUAUGCUAAGUUCUCGGUCGAAGUCCGGGUUAAUAUGAUCUUCGACAAAUACGAUAACGACUGGCAACGCGUUCUGGCCUUUUUUAUUUCGAUUUUUGAGGAUGACAACAAGAACACGGAAUAUAUCUGGGGAGUGAGAGCGAUUGCUCUACAGGUCGCCCAACAAAUUCCUUUCUCCUUUUUUGAUAUUGGUCUUUUGGAUGACUCGACAAUUCAACAUGAUGACUUGUACUUCUGUCGUGACGAGUAUAAUCCUCGCUUACAACAAGAGACACCUUUGGUACAAUUUUGGUUGAUCUGUGCUACCAUGUUUGAUCAUCCUUGGACUAUGAUGUUUGACGAAUUUCUAGAGGUGACUCCUGUAAGAUGCAUACAGGAAAUGAAGACUAAAGUCAUCGCGGGUUUUCCGAACGACGCAGUUGACAAAGUUGAAAUCCACAAGGGUGUCAGAAAGAUUUUCGAUCCGGAGUAUGAAGAUUCCGAGGAAGAAGAUGCUCCAAUCGGUGACAACGAUAAUGGCUUGGUUAACAGGUACGCCCAGCCCGACGGGUGGGACUCAGAUGAGACCGGUGACAACAGCGAAUUUGACAAUAAGACUGUCGAUGAUGCUGAGCUUGUGUCAGAGCCUGCCUUUGCAUGGUGGGUUCCCUACACUCUGAGAAAGCGUGAUCGAGUUUUGAAAGCUGUUAAGCGCCAUGCUGUGAAAAGGCAGAAACCAGAAAAGUUUGGUAUUGAAGUGCCUGGUCCUGGGCCGAAAGGUGUUGCAUGUGCGUAUGAACUUGAUGCUGAGAAUGGUACCUCUCAUUGGAAUGAUGCUUUGAUCAAAGAGGUCAAGACAAUUCUGCCAGCUUUGAAGAUUCUGGAAGAAGAUGAAGAUGUUCCCGUUGGAUAUCAGCUCAUUGAGCUUAUGACUGUCUUUGAUGUCAAGAUGGAUCUCAUGCGGAAGGCACGCAUAUGUGCUAGAGGGGACCAGACUGACCCUCCAAUGUCUGUCACCUAUGCAAGUGUUGUGGCAAGGGAAAGUAUUCGACUUGCUUUUGUUAUUGCUGCUUUGAAUGGUUUGAAUGCUUUGAGUGCUGACGUCUCAGGUGCAUAUCUGAAUGCCAAAUGUGCCGAGAAAGUUUAUUGUAUUUUAGGGAAGGAGUUUGGAGAAUAUGCCGGGAAGAAAGCUAUCCUGGUUAAGGCCGUUUACGGGCUCAAAAGUUCGGGAUUCGCAUGGAGGAGCCUCUGUGCAGACGUUUUGAAGGAACAAUUGGAGUUCCAACCAUGUCGCGGAGAUAUGGAUGUUUGGCGUCGUCCUUGA